UUCUGGCCCCGCCCUCUCACCCCGCAGGUGCUCUACACCGGCAUCGUGAUCUACGCGCCUGCGCUCAUCUUGAACCAAGUGACCGGUUUGGACAUCUGGGCGUCGCUCCUGUCCACCGGAAUCAUUUGCACCUUCUACACGACUGUAGGCGGCAUGAAGGCCGUGGUGUGGACCGACGCCUUCCAGGUGGUGGUGAUGCUGAGCGGAUUCUGGGCCAUCCUAGCCCGCGGAGCUGUGCUCCUGGGCGGGCCCCAGCAGGUGCUCAGGCUGGCCCAGAACCGCUCCCGGAUCAACCUGCUGGACUUUGACCCUGAUCCUCGGAGCCGCUACACUUUCUGGACCUUCGUGGUGGGCGGCACGUUAGUGUGGCUAUCGAUGUACGGUGUGAACCAGGCACAGGUGCAGCGCUACGUGUCCUGCAGCACAGAGCGGAAGGCCAAGCUGGCCGUUCUCAUCAACCAGCUGGGGCUGUUCCUGAUUGUGACCAGCGCUGCCUGCUGUGGCAUCGUCAUGUUCGUCUUCUACAGCGACUGCGACCCUCUCCUCACAGGGCGCAUUUCCGCCCCAGACCAGGUGAGACUCCCCUCCCUGCCCCCGGAAUCCGGGCUGCCUGAAGUUGCACAGGCAGGGCGAGGACGCGGGAUGAGACGGGUGGGCGGUGAGGCCCCGCCCCUCACAUUGGCUCCGCCCCAGGGCGUCCUCUCCGGGCUGGGCGUGGGCUUUUUGCUCUCCCUAUGGGUGGCCUUGGGUGCCACGCUGUACCCACCCAGUGAGCAGACCAUGGGUGUCCUGCCGUCUUCCGCCACGGGCUGUAUGGUUUCCUUCAGCAACGCCUCGGUCCUAUACUCGCUUGCCACCAUCAACAACUCUGGCCUCCCCAGUGCUGGGGUGACAGGCUCGGGCUCCAGCUCCGCGGAAGCCCCAGGGCGGCCUGCUCUGGUUCACAGCUUCUACGCCAUCUCCUACCUGUACUACGGAGCCCUGGGCACACUCACGACCGUGCUGUGCGGCGCCCUGGUCAGCUACUUGACGGGCCCCACCAAGCGCAGCAGCCUGGGACCCGGGCUGCUGUGGUGGGACCUCACCCGGCAGACGGCGUCGGUGGCCCCCACGGAGGACGUGGCCACACUGGAUGACGGCCUGGUGAAGGGUCUGGAAGAAAUUCCUUCGGGCGCCAAGAGCGCCCCCACCUUCCGGCCUGCAGCGGAGGACCUCCCGCUUUUCCUGCAGUGUGAGGCCAAGGGGCGCGGGUCCUGGGGGCCUAGCAGCUGCAGAGACCAGGACCCCCGGGACCAUGAGACCAACCUCUGAGGGCGGGGUCAGCACCUGGGAUUGACUUGCGGCUGGGCCAAUGCCAGGCUACCUGCCAGGGGCCUCCUACUGCUAUUGGCUGGACAGCAUCCUAUGCAAAUAAUCUUCGACAGGCUCCCAUUGCCUUAUGGGAAGGCCCACAGUUCAGUGGGGACCUCAGAAAGCGAGCUUCCUGGAAAGAGGGUCGGUGCAGGUAUCUUUGUGUAAAUGAAAAUGAGGUCCUACUGGAGCGGGGUGGAUCUGAAUCCAAACUCUGGGGAAGAGCGCUGGGCCGGGGGUGGUGCUGCACGCCUGUCACCUCGGCACUCUGGAGGCCGUGUCUCAAACGGAACAAGCAAGAGAAGAAAAGAAAGUGACGGAGAAACAGACCCUAGAGCCACCAGAACAUGGAAGCAGAGAGCCAGGAAAUCCCAGGAGUUGGCAGCAGCUGCAGGAAGCCGGAAGCCGGAAGGAGGCUGGGACUCGGGCUUCCUCAGAGCCCUCAGCAGCCGCGUCUCUGCUGAUGCCUUGACUUCGGAUUCCUGAACUCCCAGAGGACUCUUUGUGUUGUGUUCUGCUGCCUAGCUGAUGGCAGUUUGUUCCCGCAGCCGCAGAGCUCGGACUCACCACCUGACCCAGCCCGGCCACCCCUGAGUACUUUCUUCCUUUUUCACGGCUGAGUAGUAUUCUGUUGCUUGGAUAGACCAUUUGUUCACCAAGAGUGGACUCUGGUUCCCAGCAGUUGGUGAUUAGAAAUAAAACUGCUACAGACAUUCGUGUGCAAGUCUUCAUGGGAACGUAUAGCAGCCCUUCUUUUGUUUUGCUUUUUCUUUAUGCUGCUAG